GAUUUCUGACUUAUUUUGUUUUGGUAGACUGUUAGCCGACAUAUAGCGUGGUGCUCCAUUACAACGAUGUUAUCUUGAAAAAGGAAAACUAGUCACAAAUAACCACUUGCAGACAGUUACAGACUUGCAGUACUACAAAACACUAGCCCAUUAGAGUGGUACAAAUCACCACUUGCAGACAGUUAUAGUACUACAAAACACUAGUCGUAACACUACUUACUGAUCCAUAUGGUCAAGUGAAUUUUUUGGAUUAUCAAUGAUGCACAACUGUGACGAGUUUAUAAUUUUUAUUCGAGUAUAAGCCAAUAUAUAUACUACAACUUUUAUUUUGUCCCUUCCUAUAUUAUGCUCAGGUCCAACCUACUCUAUAAUGUAUAAAUAUGCACCGGAUCAUAGGGUAGCAUACCGUAUAUGUUGAUAUUUGAGUAAUCUGAUAUUCUUAUUGCACAAGCUUUUAUUUUGUAAAAAUAUUUAAGGAAGAAAUGAUUGUCUUUAGUGAAGCACUUCAUUAAACACCUGGUCUGAAACAACUUAUUGUUUUUCUCUAUGCUCAACUAUCCCUAUCAAUUGGAGUCUGAACCACCUUUGAAAACCGAGUGGCAACUGCUAAGUUCCACAAGCUCCCUGCGGCUCUCACCUUCUUCAACUUGAAUUGCUGUCUUUCUUUUCUGUUCAAAGUUUUCAAAGUGGCAAGAAAAUCUUCAUCAUCACUUUUCUUAAAUCCACUGUUUUUUUUAAAAUUACAAGUUGGCUAACGAGAGCCUUGGGUUUCUUUUGUUCCAAUUAUUGCAAUUUAUUUCAAUUGCUGAUGGGCCAGACAUAUAUUGCAGCAGUGAAAAGAAUCAGUACAAAUUGGUCACCUGAUUUGGCAGAAGUGAGAGAAAGGUCUAGAUUGAGUUGGCAAGAAGAUUAAGUUAAAAUAAUGUGGUAUUGGGGUGGAACCGGAAAGUCCUUAUUGGUUGAAGAGAAAAAAUAAUAAUGAUUUAUAGGUGAAUGAAGUUGUUGUCUGCAGAGGCGUAGUUGUGGUUUAUAUUUGUAAUGUGUUAUUUAGCGAUCAUGUGCUGUGUGUAAAGUUGGCUUCUAUUGCUGAUGGGCCCUAUAUAUACUAAAACUUAUCAUCCUCUCCCAUUCGGAUGGCGGCGGCCCCCUCCCUUCUUUUCCUGUUUCUCAGAUUAUUGCUCCGCAUACGAAGAUUACUACCUUCAAUCUCUGGCUUUUCCAGGGAUAUUAAAUGGGUGAAUUCUCAAGGAAAGAUUAUAUCAGUCAUCUGCCUCAAAGCAUUAUUGAAACCAUCCUAGCAAAAGUCCCAACAAGAGAUGCCGUUAGAACCAGCAUCUUGUCUAAAAAGUGGAGGUAUCAAUGGGCUACCAUGACACAGCUCGUACUUGACGAAGAAUAUAUGGGUUUUUCUUGCUACAGAAAUGUUUCUAGGAAUAAAAUUUUAAGAUUUAUCGUACGAUAUUUUUUACUUCAUGACGGCCCAAUUCAUAAGUUCAAAAUAUCUACUUUAUACUCCAUAAGUUCUACUGAGAUGGAUACAUGGCUGCUUUUCCUAUCAAGGAAAGAUAUAAAGGAGUUGCUUCUUGAGGUGUGGCAGUCCAGAAACUAUUGGAAUUUCCAGACCAGAAACUAUUGGAUUUUCCGCACACCUUCUUGUAUAUUUUCUUGUCAAAAACUGACCAGAUUGAAGCUUUAUCGGUUUAAAGUGGAGCCUCCUUUGGGAUUUCAAGGAUUUCCCUGUUUGAAGUACCUAAACCUUUUUGGCGGCAAUGUUACUAUUGAGGUUAUUGAAAACCUUAUUUCAGGUUGCCCUCUGCUCGAGAAGUUUAAAUUUAAUAAUGAAGACAUUUUAGCUUUGACCGUCUGCUCCCCAAAUCUGAAGCAUCUUACUGUGAGAGGGAUAUUUAAAUACAUAUAUCUUGAGCAUACUCCGCUUCUGGUUCAUUUAAUAUUAGACUUCACUUCACUGCAAUGGGAAGAUAAUGUGCCUGUGAGAGUUCCAGUAACACAUAACUGUCUAAAGGUUAUUUCGCUUGGGGAAAUAAAUUUUGAAGAGAUGAAGCAAGUCUCGUAUGUUCGUCAGUUGCUUUUGCAGUCUCCUAAUCUGCAAGAACUUCAUAUAGUAGCUGGAGACGUUAAAUGUCUUAAUCCGAAUGCUGCUGGUAUGGAUUUUUGGGAGAGAGAGUUUCCUACUGAUUUCACCUUCAAGCACCUCAAAAUAGUAAAUAUGGAUUACUCGUGCAGCAGAAUCGACAUAGCAUUCCUCAUAUUUGUGCUUGGACGAUCCCCAGUGCUUGAGAAGAUGUGCAUCAAACUUGAAUCUUUUGAUGAUAUAUCAGAUGCUGAAUUGUCGCGUCUUCAACAAGCUUCUGCAAAUAUCCAACUGCAUUUGUUUGACUAGUCAUCUUUAUCCAUGUCUUCGUUUCACUAGUCAUCUUAUCCCAGCAUUUCCUUUCUUUUGCAAAUUAUGGAUUUCAGAAGACUUUCAGUUCAUGUGGAUGUAUAACUAUAUUACCUGCUAUUUUACUCCUUUUGUACAAACAAGGGAGUUAUUUUAUCUUUUAUUCUUAUA